AUGGGUUGGUUUUGUGUCCGAUUGACAUGGAAGCCUUUACAGUUGUAUAAUUUCCCGAAUGAUCAUUUCCUGAUUUCUUUGAGGUUAAUGAUGGGCGAUUCAAUACCGCCAGAAGUUGUUGAACAGUUGCGAAGGUUUAAUGAAGCAUUAACAGUUCUCGAAGACACUUACCAGAAGCAUUUUUCAAAUUCUUUGGAGGAGAACAUGCAGAGGCCACCGCUAGAAAAGUUAGAAGUCGAUUUGAUGUCCGUGUUUGUGAUUAAUUCGCUAUACUGGAUGCUUCUAUGUACACAUGGACAAAAACCAAAGAAUAAUGAGCUUUUGCAAAAUGAAAUUAACCGAACGAAAGAAUAUAUGGGACGGUUAAAACAGUUGGAAGAACGAAAAACAGCACCUUGUUUGAAUCAACGAGCAGCGAGAAGCUUUGUACGAAAUGCUUUGUGGGAACCGAAACAUCAACAGCGGUCAAGCGAAUCCAAUAGUGAUGAGGAUAAGAGAGAUGAACGACUUGAAAUGGAAAGUGGUGACGAUUAUUCGAUUUCACUGGAAACUGAAGUUGACGAUGAUCAGAUGGAAGAAGAUGAGGCCCUUGUAAAUUCAUCUACAGUGAAAAGUGCUACGAAGCGAUCAUCUCAGGAAGCAAAUAUUGUAAUGGCAGGAGGUACUCUUCCAAAGAAGAGACGUUUGUAA